UAUCACCGGAUCACCAUAUAAACCCCAUUCACGACAGUACUCCUCAAUAUUGGACACCCGAGAUUCAAAAAUGAUUUGAUAUCAUGUCUGACGCGACAUUAACUCCCGUUGUAAAGUUUCUGGGCGACUCUCCGGAGCGCAGCAAUACGAGCGCCGUACCCGAGCAUCCACACUUGCAUUCGGGCAUCAUCAUCGCCACCGUUUACGCGCUUCUCAUCGCCGCAGGACUAAUAGGCAAUGUGACGCUAAUUAGGACGUUUUGCAUCGUCAAAUCCAUGCGCAAUGUGCCUAAUCUGUUCAUGUCGAGUCUCGCUCUCGGAGACGUGCUGCUGCUGGUCACCUGCGCGCCCGUGGAUGCCAGCAAGUUCCUGGCGGAUGAGUGGCUCUUCGGGCGGAUGGGCUGCAAACUCAUCCCGUUCAUUCAGCUGACUUCGGUCGGAGUGUCGGUGUUUACCCUCACAGCGCUGGCAGCGGACAGAUACAAGGCCAUUGUCAAACCAAUGGAUAUCCAGUCAUCUAAAGCUUCACUAAAGGUCUGUCUGCGGGCCGCGUCUAUCUGGAUGCUCUCUAUGGUCCUGGCCAUCCCCGAGGCCGUGUUCUCCGAUCUUCACACCUUCCACAUCCCUGAAACCAAUGAGACUUUUAAAACAUGUGCCCCGUACCCUCACGCCGGAGAUCUGCACCCCAAAAUCCAUUCCAUGGCCUCUUUUCUUAUUCUGUACAUCAUUCCUCUCUUCAUUAUUUCUGUGUACUACAUCUUCAUCGCAAGGAGUCUGAUUCAGAGUGCCAAUAACAUGCCUGUUGAGGGAAACACACACAUUCGGAGGCAGGUUGAGUCACGGAUGCGGCUCGCCAAGACAGUGCUGGUGUUUGUGGGUCUGUUUGCCAUCUGCUGGCUCCCCAACCAUGUGAUUUACCUCUACCGCUCCUACCAUUACACAGAAGUGGACACCUCAAUGGCUCAUUUCAUCGCCAGUGUAUGCGCACGUAUCCUCGCCUUCACCAACUCCUGCGUGAAUCCUUUCGCUCUUUACCUUCUCAGCAAAUCCUUUAGGAAGCAGUUCAACAAGCAGCUUUGCUGUUGCUGUCCGUCCAUCUCACUGCGUUCACAAAGCAGCCGCCGUCAAAACACACGACUCAGUUCACUCAAAAGCACACAAAAUCACUCGGUGGCCAGUUUCAGCCUUGUCAAUGGUAAUGCUGUCUGCCAUUAGAUGUGAAUCAGAUCCUGGGUUUCCCUUCAGGAGUAGUUCAGCCAAAAUUAAAACACACAUCUUUAAAAUUCUCUUCAUUUUAUACGAAAUGAAAGGGAUAG